AUGGCGAGGCUAAGCAAUAUCUCUGUUGUUGUCCCCUCCCCCUCGCCUCAUACCACCCCCUCCCAGUCUUUUGACCAUGACGACUUCUUCGGCCGAACCAUCGAUGACAUCCUCUCGGAAGAAGCAACCCGCGAAAUUGGCCGUGACAAAGAUGAAGGCAUUAGUGCCUCCAACUCAUCCAGCUUGCUUGGGAAUAGCGACUUGCACGACUCACUUGCUCUUCCUCUUAGUCGUGCUCGCAGCAUCGAGACUGAGUCUUUGCGUUUCCCUACUCCCCCGCCUAUUUCUGUCGCGCCUACUUCUCCCUCCCAUGAAAUCAAGGAUCUGAAGCUGAAAGCCUCGCCGAAGAUUCGGAAGAUCCUUGCCACCAUGGAUCUGGACAAAGAUAUCAAUAAAGUCUCCAAGAAGGAAUCCAAGAAGAAGUCUAAGAAAGAGCACAAGAAAUCUAAGAAGGAUUCCAGCAGACUUUCUGAGAAGGACCAGAACCGAGACCUAGACGUCACGAACCCAGACAAAGCAACACAUGAAAAUGAACAAGGUCUCGACCAGCCUGUGGUUCAAGAAACCGAAGAGUCGCCCGAGGAUAAGAUCUUCGCCUCAGUGAGUGCGGAGAGCCAGAUGGCGGUGCUUCAAUUCAUUGCAUCUCACACUUUUAUGACCACGGAAGCCCAGCCUGUCCUACGAUCAGCCAGGCGCCAAUUCGUCGACUCGGUACGAAACGUGGCUUUCGCGGCUACAAUGGACAAUGGAUCUGUCGAUGCCUUGAUGGAGCUUGUUCGAAAGACUUAUCUUGCUGAGCGCAGCAUUGUGACCGCAGAUGAUGAUGGUUCGAGCUUUGGCAAUGAGAUUGACGACGAAGCGAAAGAGCCUCUGGACAACUUUCACGUGAAGGAAUCGACCCUCUGCCACGAACACAUGUUGAUUGCAAAGGAACUUGCAAAAAUUUCCUGGGGAAGGGACGAUAUCGGUAUCCUACCUUCGAAGAAGCACAAGAAGCGUCACUCAGACACUGCAGGGCGCCAUGUUCAUGGGACGUCUGCGAUCUUGGAUGUUUCUAGCGGCAAAGAUAACGUUGAAGUCGUCGCAUCUAAGAAGCGCAAGAGAUGUCACUCUGAGAGCUCAGCUUAUCCUGGCCAUGCUCACGGCCAGGUUGUGACCGAGAAUGUCCGACACCUACGGAGCGCAACAAAUACUCCUACCAAGGCAAUCAAAUAUCUCGUGGAAAUUUGUAGUGACGAUACACUUCUUGAAAAAAAGAGGUCAAGAAGCACAAGAGGUGCCAUUCUCCCAACCCAAGACAACAUGAACGUGGGAUUGAAUUGGCCGGGAGCGGUGAGGGUAAAGUGCGCAACCGACCUUCCCAUGACAAUGCACGAGGUGCAACAACCCCUCCUGUUUCCGAGAAUCCUCCUUCUGAAUCUGCCAAGUCGAAGGAAUAUUUGGAUCGAGAGAGGACCAAAAAAGAAAGCAACAGGAAAAAGAACCUUCGGAGAAAACAGCGUAGGCGUGAAAACCGCCGUCGGAGGGAACAUCAAUCGGAUAUCAGCGCUGAACGCCCAGUCUCGCAAAUGA